AUGCCCUUGAGUUGUUCGCAUGUCGACUGGACUUCUGACUCAUCUGAGUGGCUGGGCUCUCCUCCAAUCUUGCCGGUGGCUGGCACGAUAUCAACACGGUAGGCCGGUAUGCGUGCGCGUCGUUAGUGUGGCGUGCGAACGAGUCGGUUAUGACGCCGCCUCCUAACGCCCCUUAUUGUCCGGCGUUAUUUACUGCAGCCUUUAACUUCCUGAGUGUAUUCCAGACACCUCGUCUCUCUAGUCAGUCCUAUAACCGUGACAGGUCCACAGUGUAGGGUAGGGUCCCUCUUAUUACCUCAGGCCCGCCAUGUUUGGCCAGUGGACAGUGCCUGCUGCAAGAGGUCAAGGGGCUGCCUCGAAAAGCCCUUGGGGCGCGGUCUGUGACUCUCCAGGUUUUGGGCCAUUCCUCCUUUAAAGCCUGAAGUGCUCGAAGAAGUCACGGAGGCAUUCAAUCGUCCUGGGAAGGUACUGCUGUUCAGUCUUCUCCUUAACCGCCGUGCGGUGACGCUCGUCAGCCCGCUAAAAGCAUCGGACUUUAAUAGUCGCUUUUGUUAGAACGGAUCUGGCUCCGCUGAAAACGCAGUUUCCGUAAUUUUAACUUGUCUAGAAGAAGUAAAAUGGGCAAUAUUAGGUCCUGUAGCCCCCACUUGAUUCAUACCAUAUGGUUAGCUUCCUAAAACAAUUUUAGUAGGCGUGAUUAUGCUGACUUAACGUAUAUCACGUAUUUGCGCCUUCCUUACUAUUUUAAUUCAGCGAGUGACUGCCUCGAGAGAGCGCUUAUACGCCAGCCUUGGUUACGUCAGGUAUCAGUCCACACGCUCUUCCCUGAGCGUGUUUCGAGCUCUACCGGCACCCUCUUUAUUAUCUUAGUCCAGCGAUUGGUUAAUCCAGGUUGCUAAUGCCACCGUUCGGACGGCUUAAAACUCCGCCUGUUUCACCUUAGUGACCAUGCACUGCGAAUUAUCAUGCGGUUUCCUCCGCGGCCUUCCGGCUGUGAUUGCGCCCUCCUUGUUCUCUUAAUCCAGCAAGUGGCAUUGUCGCGGAGGCAGCGUACACGCCACUUUCAGUUACACCCAGCACUGGUUCACACGCGCUUCCCUGCGCGUGAUUCAAGCUUUUCUUGCGCUCUCUUUCCCUUCCUUAUCCAGCGAGUGGCUAAGUUAGGUAUAAAAGCGAAAUUCUGAGCUCCAGGUGUAUGCAUAAGUGAAGGAGAAGAGUCGAACACCGGAAAACUUCGUUUAUUGUCCUGAGCUUCCAGACUCGUACAGGAGUCCAUCGUCAGAGAUAGUAGCAGCAACAGGACAAGCGACAGUUAUAAGGCAUGUAGGCCAAUCAUCGACCGACGGCGCAAGACUGUAGGUGACUACACGGGGCUCUGUACGCGGGCGCUAGAUCGGUAAAUCGAUUGACUGUGUUCUCAUCCGAGGCCAGGCUUCAAUCAUUUCUCGGCCUGUUUCGUUUCCGGCGUGAGCGACUAUUUUGGUGGCUGCGAAGUUAGACUCAUGACCCAUUUCGUAGGUGUGGGCGGCCACUUGUGAUAAUGCGUCGCCUCGUCGCACAGCCAGCUUAUGUUCGCGUAUGCGCGAUCCGAGCAUGCGCCCAGUCUGUCCUGUGUAGUUACAAGAACAAUUUUGACGCGGAAUGCGAUACACUACUCCAGAUUGCUCUUCAGGCUUUAACCGGUCUUUAAUUUUCAUGAGCCUAUUGCGCAUGGUGACCUUGGGGCGAUGUGCAAUUCCAAUACCCAUCUCCGCAGCAAUGCGCUUGGUCGCUUCUGAAGCGUCCUUGAUGUAUGGCAGAGAAUGCCAUAUCGUUGGUGGUAUGGAUGUUCGAGUCCUCUGGUGGCGACCGCGUAGGCAGCGACUUAUGAAGGCCCUCGAAUAGCCAUUUUGCACAUACUGGUUGCGGAGAUGAUGGGCCUCACGUGCUCUGUCCUCCGGUUUGCUGCAACGAGUUUGGGUCCGUUUGAAGAGCGUCUUCACACAGCUUCGUUUGUGAGCCACCGGAUGGUUGCUGUGAAAACUGAGAAGCCUCCCUAUAAACCGUCGUUCGAAGUUCACCGUUAAGGUUUCGUCUGACAAGCACAUCCAGGAAGGGUACUGCUGUUCCUGUUCUUUUUCCCUCGUGAAUUUUAUAUCAGGGAAGACUGCGUUGAGCAGACUGUGGAAAUGUUGCAGCAUGUCCUUCUUUACGAUGACGAACGUGUAGUUUACGUAACGGCGCCAAAAUACCGGCUCAUGUUGGACGAAGGCAAUCUUUUCUAGCUCCUGUUGGACCAGUUCUGCCACCAAACCGGAGACCGGUGAGCCCAUUGGGGUUCCCUUGAUUUGCUCAUAGGUUUCUUCCGCAAAAGGGCAGAAAGUUUGUUGGCAGAAUUCAAACAGCCUCAUGAGGUGUUCAAUUUUGAGUGUAUUCUGACGCUCAUCGGUCAAUCGAUUUAUCGAUCUGGCGCCGGGGUACAGAGCUCUGCGUAGUCACUUCCAGUCUUGCUCCGUCAGUCGAUGAUUGGCCUACAUGCCUUAUAACUGUCUCUUCUUCUGCUGCUGCAACUACCUCUGACGACGGACUCCUGCACGAGUCUGAAAGCUCAGGACAAUAAACGAAGUGUUUCGGCACUCGACUCUUCUUCUUCCCCUAAGUUAGGUAUGGUAACUAAAAGUGUUUUGGUAAGCUAACCAUAUGGUACCAAUCAAGUGGGACCGCAGGACCAAAUCUCACAUUAAUAUGUAACAGACCACUUGUGCAGAUAUGGUGUGCAGAGAAAGACCUUCUCACUCUCACCAUCUUCUUCGCGGAGGGAAUGUUGGUGUCAGUCAUGUCCAGGAAUGGAGACCGCCGGCUCGUAGCUGGCAAAACCCUCUGUGGCGAGCGCAGUCAUUCAUGGAAGGAUUACUCGCGUAGGUUAUGGUGCUGAGACUUCCUUUAACGUUGUCGAAAGGACGUUUUUAUUCAUUGUCAAGGCACCAUCUAGGAAGUACUUGUUGAUUUGAUUACUAGUUCAUUUUAUGCCGAUUUUCAAACCAACAAAGGCCGAUUUGACCUGCAGGCAGCAUAACCUUGACACCAUCUACGUUUCGAUAGUAGUUAGAUCUUUAAUGUUUCCUAAUCGCGACGAUCAAUCAGCGCUGUAAAGUCGGGAAGCUGCCAACUUGCCUCAACCUGUUCCCUGAUCAUUCUGUACAGAAUACAGUGCUCUAACAACUGGCGUCUAACCUCUCUUCUUCCUGUUCAGGACCUGGCCUAUGAGUAGUAAUGGCUGAGGUCCGCUCACGACUUAAGCUGUUGAGAAAGUUCUAGACGCCUAGGCCAGGUUUUCUCAAGAAAAUUCGCAUCCAGAGCGUUGCAUUCAAUUUGCUGCCAAAUUUUAGAGUUCAUAAAGUCAUUUAAUUAUGUUCAAAGGGACUGAUAAUUAUUAAGCCCUUAUGGUUGUACCGUAGGGUAUUACUUCAUACUACUUUUAGUCGAAUACAUGUGAUGUAAUGGCUGUCUGUUUAUGAAGCCGGAAGUUUCUUCCUCUCGGUAUGAAAACUGAGAGAUUGCUUUGUGCCUCAGUUUCAAAACAAACUGUAGAAUGCACACCGGUCUAAUCUUUGACGCAGACGAUCAAGGUCCGCAGGCCGUAUACGCCAGUUAGAUAAGAAGAACAACUUAUCCGAGAGGAAAUGACUCCAGUUGAUUAGUUUAUCAAGGUUGUCUAAGGUUGUAUGAGCGUUUAAGCACAUUAAAACAAAACACUUUUUGUUUCACUACAAACGACUACGGACGCCCGUCAUCAGAGACUAGUUCGGCAUGUUACCUGCGUUCUAAGGUUUUCGCCGGAUUGCCUGUCGUGCCCAAUGCCUGCGCCGAUGCCCAUUGUCUGUUGGUUGUUGAGGCCUUGUCAAGAUACGAUGGUCGAUGGCCCUGCCGUCUCAGCCGUUAAUGUUAUUCGCCCGGCUGCGAUUAAUCAAUGAAGACAAAAAUAUUGAUCAUCGGCUAAGAUUGAGUCACACGCGUGUACGCAAUGCCUGACUAGUCUGAUAGGUUGAUCAAGGGCGGCGCUGGCAACUGUGAGGGCGAACAGCUACAGCCUCAUCUGAGGUCCCACGAAGCUGUACGGCAUGCAGCGGCAAAACGCAGAUAAGCGCCUUGAAUGUCGUGGCAAAGCAAAUGAAUUGCACUGUUAUUUUCCCUCUAUAUGUCUAGUGGCAGAUCACGGGCCAUAAGAAAACUCGUACAACAAAAAUAGGGGUAUGGCACGGAGAUGGGCACCCCUGCGUAUUACAGGUGGUCUUGUGCCAGUUCUAAGGGAGAUAAGGGUGAGGUUUAUGGUUGUAUUUAGGUUUAGGGUUUAGCUUAGUCGUGAUGAAGGAGACAUGAUCGCUGGGACAAGAGCUUUAUUCGCCUAACGUUUCGGAUUCCUGUUCGGACCCAUCAUCAGAGAAAAAAAGCAGAUGCGGGUCUGCUUUUGUCUUUGAUGAUAGGUUCGAGCAGGAAAACGAAAUGUCAGGCGAAUAAAGCUCUUGUCCCAGCGAUCGUGUCUCCCCCUUCACUACUGUUUCCUGGGACUCGUCUCUUUGCUUCUGCUUGGCUUAGUGUUGGAGUCAGUCAGGACGUGGAGAUAGAUAUCCAUCCCGGAAUUUAACGCAAGACCAUCUUUAUUACCGGGGGAGGGAGGGAUUCCUACUCCCGUGUCUUACCAAAGUAUAUGUGCUGCCAGAUCGUUAUCCGUCGGUUGUCUCCUCCGCAUCCAUGACGAUUGCCCUUGAAAGACGAGCAAACAUGACUCAGACUUCUUUGGGCUUCCGCCGUAAGUCAGAAGUCAAGGAACGCAGAUGGAUUGCACAGCCGGUAAACACGUGAUUCAUGACUCAACGGCAGAGCACGCGGCGAAGUCAGCAAGUCGGUGGUUCGACUCUGUCAGCCGAUAAGUUUUCCUUUGGUGUUCAGUUAGAGGUAAACAAAUCUGUUAUGCCCUUCUGGUACCUUACAAAUGCAGAAAGCGGUGCGUGCUGAGGCAGCCUAUCCAGCCUCCGUGCACAUGCUUCACCAGUCCACUGUUGCCUUUAUCUUUAUUGUAACCCACUUCACCGGAAAUUCAUCGUCCUCAUCACUCAGCGACAUCGGUUAAGUACUGUAGCGAUGAAUGAACAGCUGCACGACAAAUGAGACAGUUCGAACGUCGCUGUCGAUGAUAUCCACCGUGCGUUCCAUAGCAGAGUGAGAGCAGGGACGGUAACUUGCGCGUGAAUAAGUUUACAGGGCAUGCAGACUUGCGCAGUGUCUACCGCACCCCCCCCCCCACCCCCUCCUCCACACCUGGACCCCGUGUCAAGACAGAGUAAAGAAGACCGGAGACAGGAGAGGCCGCAAGUAGCUGGCACGGCGAAAGUCCGCACCUAGGCGUACCACCGCACCCCCCGGUACACAGCGCGUACACUGAUAAAGAUUUUAUGCCACAACGCAAAUAGGGAGGGCGGCACGGAUUCCAGUUGGCGCGGCGGGAACCGGAAACUGAGCCUGCCAUCACAUCUCGAGUGUUGGCAUUUGUGAUGGGUGCGCAUUUCUGACAACGCCUUCCGGACUCUGAUCUAGACUCGGUGUUGGUCCGGCGCAUCUACCGCGUGGCCUAUUUUAGGGUCGCGAUAAAUAUGCAGACACACACACACACACACGGGCGGUUAAGACAGUAAUGAUACAGCAGGUGGCAUUGAAAUUUCGAUCGCCUUGCAGCAUAAAUUAUUUUAGUCACACCAUGAUGCCGACUUCCGAAUGAGCAUCUUCCCGGCUGCCUGCAGGCUCCUAUGUUCCCUUUGCGCACAUUUGCUUCUCCUGUCAAAUGUAUAAUUCAUAUCCGUUUAGGCUCAGGUGUAAAUAAGUUUAUCGUCGAAAUACGCAAUAUUUAUCCUGGUGUGACUAUUUUGGCGCCGUUAACUAUGGAUGGGGUGGGCGGAGAAGGGGUACGCUUUGAUCAUCUACGUUUCAGCGGAUUCACAGACUUCCGACAAGUCCGAUCCCAGCCUUGCAUGUACGCCUGCAGUCCGUGCGGGCCGAAUUAUUCCGAGUUUUAGUGCUAGUUAUACGUUAAAGUAACUGUUGGGCAUGUCCAGCGGGGGAGGGGGGAAUUCGAGUCUGCACUUUUCAGUCAAAGUGCUGGUAGAUUGUAACUAUCUGAUGAGAUUUUAUGAUGUUUCUGGACGUCGGAAGCGUUGUGCCCAGCUGUUGAGCUGCCGUAAAUUCCGAGACAUUUGAGCAACAUCUUUAGGGUGUCCCUAUGGCGUCGUCUUUGUUCUGGUCUUGGAGCACUUGUGGAAAUAUCACUACAGAAUGCGCGUUCCACCAGAUGGUCCAUCUGUGCUCCAACACCAGUCCCGUAAAAAGACAAUCCGUCUUUAUUACGUGGCUGCCAUCCCCUUAAAUUGCUGACGAUCUGGUGCGGGACAAUGGUACAGUUAAUAAUAACGUUCUUGUAUCAUUACUUUUCUUAAAGUGUAGUGGUGCAUAUAGGUUUUUGUUGUAAAUAGGACUAAUAUUCUUCAGUUGCUUUGGGCCUACCAGUAGCAAAUAGACAUUCGGAGAUACGUUUAUGCAGGUUGAGUAUUUAGACAGAUUGUUGACCCAGAACCUCACAAUACGUUGGUAACGUCAUGUGUGCCCUUUUACGAGGUCUCCACAAAAGAAAAUUAAAAAUUGAAAAAUAUCAGUCUACCCUAAAAUACGCCAGUUUUUAUUUUUUUACCUACGGAGCGCAAAAUUCCUAAUCUUCUGCCUUGUGCCCUCGAUGAUGACUUUGUUUAGUGUAAAUCGGAUCCGUCACUAGGCGACUUUUUGUAACGCAAUCAGUAUCUCGAUUUCUCAAUGUACUAAACUCCGUAAUUUCACAUUUUUUCGCGUAUGAAUGUCUCCUUCGGGCCAGUUUUUAAAUCAUUUGUACUCCAUAAUGUUUUUUUUUCAAAAUUACUUGAUUACCAGCAACGACUGCUUCAGUGGGUGCUGAAUCACGCUUGCCCCCCGAGUUUACGACCUAAUUAUGGCCAUUUUAUGGCCCUUGAUGUCUCCAACGAGGUUAUUACCGAUCUUCUGCUAUGUUUAUGUCACUACUGGCUUCACGAAAGCAUCUACUGUGCGCUUAUGCAAACGCGUCCUUCCCCUUACGUGUCACAUUUCGUGUCACGCAAAUGAAUUUCCUCCCGGUAAUGUUGCAUGACGUACGUUGGUAGGUUCAUCGGGUAAUUGACGUGUGUACACAAGUUCCCGCGUCGGUUGCUACUCUUGUAAAUGGCCCAUUAAAUCCUGCCGAUAAAAUACCUAAUUCAUACUAGUGUCCUCGAAAUUGCAACUACGACUACCUCCGGCUCCUUUCACCUUGUAAGGUUAACAGUAAUCAGAGUUGCCCUUUUUAAUUUCCUCUGAAAUGAAUGUGCGAAUUUGGAGUAAAUCCUUGAGAGCGCAAUUUUUAGGCUCGCUCUGAAAGUUGGUAUGACUGUACGAGCCGAAAUCCACCAGCUGCUGUGAAAUAAACGCGUAGUAUUAACAGGCUUUCAACAAGCAUCCAGUAGUAUACACAUACGGAGUGAUUUAGUAUACUGGCAGUACAGAUACUAGCUAAAAGCCCCGACAAGCGUGUUUCGUUAACGUUGUACCCGCUGCGAUUGCAGAGUCGAGAGGUAUGCACUUCUUUCUAGGUCAAUUUUAGAGGUGGAGGUACAGUAGAUGUGCUUACUCAUGAAAUGUCAACCAAAAUUUCGAAAUGCCUUCUCGUUUCGAAAAGAUAAAUUAAGUAGUGUUGUAAAAAUAAUCAUGGUGCAGCAUAAAUCUAUAAUAAUCCAGUUACCUCAGGGUGUCGGCUUUCGAAUGAACUUAUUUUCGGCUGCAUGCAAGGUCUAUACUCUGAAAAAAAUGACUACUAAAGUAGUAUGCGAUUUUCUCAGUGAUUUUCGAUGCCCUUGAAAAUUCAAUUAUAUUUCAUGGAAAACAUGCAUAAAAUAUUCAUUUUUUUGCUUAUUCGGUAGAAAAUCACGUCUUCUUCCAAUUUCAUACUCAAAAGAGAGUAUACUUCGGUUUUAACAAACGUUUCCUAUUCCCGAAUAAUUUUGAACCCGACCUGCUGUUACACUUGCAUUGAGGGUUUCAAAACUACAAGUUGCAUAUUUUUCGUGUACGGAAAACCAUGCAUUUCUCUACGGUGUUAAGAGGAGACCAUAUGAGGUUCAUAAAAUUAAGCAGUGAAUUUGAGCAAUAUUGUUAUCUUGACAAGCCGCAUUCGUAAAUGCAGAUACAUGACGUUCCAUGAACGGCCAUUUAACGGUAUUAAAAAAUCUCACGGUUAGAAACUUUUUUAACACCGAAUUAUACUCUUCUUUGAGUAUGAAAUUGGAAGAAGACGUGAUUUUCUACCGAAUAAGCAAAAAAAUGAAUAUUUUAUGCAUGUUUUCCAUGAAAUAUAAUUGAAUUUUCAAGGGCAUCGAAAAUCAAUGAGAACAUUGCAUACUACUUUAGUAGUCAUUUUUGCAGAGUAUAGACCUUGCAUGCAGCCAAAAAUAAGUUCAUUCGAAAGCCGACACCCUGAGGUAACUGCAUCAUUAUAGAUUUAUGCUGCACCAUGAUUAUUUUUACAACACUACUUAAUUUAUCUUUUCGAAACGAGAAGGCAUUUCGAAAUUUUGGUUGACAUUUCAUGAGUUAGCUCACCUACUGUAUAUGCCAGUUGAUAUCAGGAUUGUCAGAAUUUCAGGGGUUCUCAGACAAUUCAUUAUGGGUUAACUUAUAAUUUUUCAAAACAGGAAGGAGGAGGAGAAGUCAGUUCCACUCGAAGCCGGUGCGACGUCCACGUGGGAUCCCAGUACUGUGUCGCCGGUACUCACGAGCCCAGACCAGCAACCCUCUGUUACACCCAUGAGCACAAUGACAACAACAGCAACAACUUCGACACCCGUGGCCAAGAAGCCGCACCCCUCCAAGCGACAGGUCCGGCUGCGGAAUCACUCCGCUCAGACACGAUUGGCCGCCAUCCCCACCACCCGUGCCUCUGUGCUGCUCCGAAGGGUGAUUCUGGAUCCCAAAAUGGCGACAUCCCUGAAGCCGGGAGUUGAGGGCAAACCGACUGCUGAGCCUGGAGCCGACAUGGCAGCAAUUCUGCCGUUGCUGAAACAGUGCAGUCGGUGUGGAUCGCAGCGAGUUCGACUGCUGCUCAUUGAGCGCUAUCCUGAGCCUGGACCAGCUAACCAGACACCGGAGAGGCCGUCCUCUCGACCCCUCCUGCGGAGGCACGCAAAGCGUACGCUCUCGGGCGAGGUGCUGGAGAUGCCGAGGCGGAGCGCGUCCACGAAACGGGAGAGUAGACGGUCGGCCCGAUUUCACACUCAGCCUAUUUGGUAGGCAGCGGGAAGUUGCCUCGUGAAAUUUUGGUUUCUCACUUCAUACGUGACAUUCCAGAUGGAUGAGCCCAGUUAAUCAAUUAUUAUUUCCCUUCAAACGCUUAAGGCCUUUGCAGGGGGUCUGACUUUUGAGCCUCUUUGAGUCUACUGGGUACAUUUGUAAAUGUCGGCAGACCCUUAAGGCCUUUUUGCAAAUGGGGCUUGCCUCUUAUCCAGUUUUAGGGGUAAACUUUCAUGGUUCACGAAAUUUCACUGACGGAUGAUUUGCCUGGGCUGAAUGGAGCAUCUUAUGUUCGGCACAUGAUAGAUAAAAGUGGACGUUAACUUUGUGCAUUGAAGCAACUAAUGGAAACUCAUUUUUCCGAAUUAGAGCGCGAGUGCAGUCCGACCCAUUGGACGAAAAGUUAACUCAGCCGAGCUUUCGGGUCGGCCUGGUAACCUCUCAAACUAGACAAAAAAAGAACAGAAUGAAAUAAGCACCGGAGAAGCACCGGAGACCGUAACCGUUAUCGAUCGGCCUGUCUGGCCCAGGCCACGCCCAAUGACCAAAGACUCCGAGUGCGAACCGCAGGCCAUUCGGACCUGGAGUUGGGUACGGCUGGCUGACGACGGCCAGUAAGCCAGAAGUUGCCAUCCCUGCCUCCCCUGUCAGGUCUCAGGCCUCGGGUGGUCUCAACCCGUUACAGUAGGUGUGCUAACUCACGAAAUGUCCACCGAAGUUCUGAAAUGCAUUUUCAUUUCGAAAAGAUCACCAAAGUACGGCUUUAAAAUCAAUUAUUCUGAAGCAUAAUUCUAUAAUAAUUCAGUUACCUUGGGAUGCUGGCUUUCGAACGCAUGCAAAAAGCACACUCUGCAAAAAAUUACCACUUAAUUACUAUGCAUUUUUUUCAUUGAUUUCGAUGCCCUUCAAAAUUAAAUUGUAUUUCAAGGAAGACAUGCAUAAGAAUAUGCAUUCUAUUGCUCUUUCGGUAAAAAAUUACGUCUUCUUCCAAUUUUAUACUCGAAGGAAGGGUAUGAUUGUGUUUUCAAAAACUUUUCCAAUUCCCGAAUAAUUUUGGACCCGACCUGCCGUUACAAUUGCAUUCAGGGUUUCCAAACUACAAGACGGGUAUUUUAGCGUACGGAAAACCACACAUUCCUCCAUGGUAUUAAGGGGAGACCAUAUGGGGUUCAUACAAUUUGGUAGUGGAUUUGAAACAUAUUGUUGACUUUACAUCUUACAUUAAUAAAUGCAGAGACACGAUGUUUUUUAAAAAAAUCUUUUAAAAACAAACUUUUUGAAACCGAAUUAUACCCUUCCUUCGAGUAUCAAAUUGAAAGGAGACGUAAUUUUUUACCGAAUGAGCAAAAUAACGACUACGUUUACGCAUGUUUUCCAUGAAAUAUAAUUGAAUUUUUAAGGACAUCGAAAGUCAAUGACAAAAAAUUAUGCUACUUAAGUAGUCAUUUUUACAGAGUAUGCUUUUUGCAUGCCGCCGGAAAGAUGUUCGUUCGAUAGCCGGCAUCCUGACGUAAGUGAAUUAUUAUAAAAUUAUGCUGCACGUUGAUUAAUUUCAAAACCCUACUUAGGUAAUCUUUUCGAAACGAAAACGCGUUUCAGAAUUUCGGCUAACAUUUCGCGAGUUAGCACACCUACUGUAGUGUUUGGGUUAGAGGUUGGAAUUAGGGCUAGGGAGUUAAAGUAAAGAGUAGAAGUUCGGACUAAGAGUUCAAGGUGAGGCUACAGACAUAGGUUUGGCGCCAGGGGUUGGAUUGUUAAAGUGUUAAACCCCUGUGAUAUCUUCCGUUGCGGCAAUCAUGAGCGUCAGAUUUAACCAUGCAUUCUUCGCUCUUUCUCCUUUAAUGCGAUUUAUCGUCCGGUCUGGGAUCAGUUGGCGCGGAAUAUCUACCCAGUGCCCUCGCCUUUCAUUCUAACCAUUCGUUUGCAGCUUUUAAUUUCCCGUUUUUUUAAUAGCGCCUUCGCGUUUUUACGAUUUAUUAAUGUAUUUAAACAGGCAGAUGUCGUAAUUGUGGUUUUUCACUUUUGCUUCCUGAAAACAGCUAUCUGUCAGUUUCGUUUGACCAAACCCUAUAGCCACUAUUAUCAUCAUUCCCGUAUUGUGAGAGGCCUUGCCUACCGUUUUCUGGAGUGCGCUCCUUAACACAGACAACCGGUAUCCCAUUUGCAUCACUAACCAAAGAGAUGCGUCAUAAGGAAGGCCUCUAAAUUUCGAGGAGUACAGAAACAAACGCACUACAAACCGGCGACUUUGGGGCCAAAGUUCUAGUACAGCUGACAAAACUGUUUUCUCCACGUCUAAUUGCCCGCUUUUCCGCAAAUCAGUAUACUUCUCCCCCCCCCUUUCAGAAGGGAGAGUGAUGAGGUAAUAAAGCGAGGCCAUUAAAUAUAAUUAUCUCAACUGUUAGCACCUAGUGGGCGUCAAAGGUUGCACUUUGACCAGUGUAUCCACACCCCCCGUGUUCAUGCGGCGGUCGGCUUGGCGUGGCCGCAGCGGCCGAACUCACCUCGCCGGCUGACUGCUCACACUGCGUAUGGCUGCCAGCCUGGCGACACCAUGGCGCCGAUCGAUACCUUGCUGUUCAACGAUUGGCCGCAGCUGAGGCGCACGCUCACACCUCAGAGGCUGGAUCUCAGCCUGGUUGAACUAUUGUUGCCGCUGGCUUCCAAGCUGCUUGUACUCCCGCAACAACGGCAAAGACUGUCCUACUAUGUCUGUCGCCCUGACUUUCAAUUUUAGAAAGUCCGCGUUGUUGACUGUUACACUUCGGCAAACAGACAGACAAGACGGUACAGCCUCUCAUGCAUAAACAAAAUUUUGUAACUGGUUGCCAGCAUCCAGUCUAUAUGAGGCCCCAUAGUGGUUGGUGCCCUCGGUUUCACACUGCGAACGGAUUUUUGACAAGGACGCAGAAUGCGAACCCACUCGGGGCACAAAAACCAGACCAUCGCGGCAUAUUGCGUCCUCGCCAUUUCUGUAAUUGACGAUUUAAUGCUCUCGCAGCUAGACAGAAUUUACCUGAAUGUGUACCUAGUGUCGCGUUCUCCCACCGUUCAGCUCCACUGAUAAAACCCAUACUACACGAAGACCUGGUUUUUGUUCCCGGAGUGGGUCCACAUAAUGCGUCCUUGCCUGAUUUUUUUUAUCACUAGAGGCAAAAGUGACGGAGGAGACGCGGCAGCAUGGUUGCUUACCAUCGGCGAGUUUUUUGAUUCACCGUUAGAAAGUGUCAAACAAGCCUGUUGACGGGGAGGAUGUUGUGUUUCAUAAAAUUCACUUGCGCUCAACUUAACGGGCAAGCUUCUAGUUGAGUCGUUACUGGGGGACAACGGGAGAAAGGCAGCAAAUAGAACCCACCAGGUCAAAGAUGGAUUGUUAUCGAACUGAAGCGUUGCCGGUCGGCGGUAGCGAUUGUAAAUGCAUCCGGCGUGCGUAGAGGUGGGGACUGAAAAGCCCAACUGCGGAACUCAUCGGCAGAAUGAAACGGUCGAUCAUCCGUCUGUUCCUUCAAAGCAGCUGACUGCUGCCAAUGUCCACUAGUCACUACCUUGACCCUGAUGACGGUUUAGUCUUCGAUGCCUGCACUGAACCCGCAUUUUAUUGUCCCAUCUAGUCCACCAGCUGCACAGCACAAUGUUGCUCAAGGGAAUCGAGUCCAGGCGCCCGCAGACUCAAAGCGAAAUAGCGCUGUCGAGGGCCAGGCAAAGUCCCAGAGGACAACCCUUUACGGCGGACAACCCUGCCUCUGCCACAGGGCUGCCUCCAGCAUGGAAUCCAAACAACAGCACACCUGUGACAGGGAGUUCUGGGACACACCGACAAUAAGUUUGAGGCAGGCCAGACCACGAGACCAGGUGCCCGUCCGACCGCUUCUGCGGGGAGCCAUGCAGUACCUGCAGACAGCCCAUUCCGGACGCCCCUCCUCUGCAACUGGGACACUGUGCCAGCCCGACCCAGCGCAGGCUCACCCAAAGCAGCACUGGCGAGGUGGGAAAAAGACGUCGCAGAAGACGAGGAGUCGGGAGACCGCGCAAACUCACCACGAGGGUAUGCAACUUUUCUUGCUAGUAAAUGUUCACUUUUUUCUCUUGUCGAAGGUGGCAGUGGAUUCAGACGAGGACCCAAAAUUGGGUCGGGACGCCGAACGCCAAUAUCAGUAUCCGUUGACAGGUGUCCCGAUCACAGGCAGUUCCCGAGUCCUGGCUUUUGUGUGUAAAUCGCGCUAAACAGUAGUCUUUCCUCAGCUAACCCCAUUCUGGAGCUGGAUCGAAGAGUCGCGCGACCCUAGGCAAGAUUCGUGCAUAGGGUUUACGAUGCUGCCAGCCUUUUCAUGCCAAUUGGUAAUCUCCGGAACGAUCAGUUUUCUCGAACUUUUAGAUUUUGUGCUCUAGUUGAGGGGUGAAAAAAUCUUCUUCAGGCUUUCUGACCGACGUCAACCAAGUGGAUUGGUGUAAGACCUACGCAUUGUGCCUGGUUUCAGUUAGUUUAAGGUCAACAGACCCAGAAUCUAUGGUCUGUAAUUGAGUGUAUUCGUAUUGCACAGAAAUAGCAUUCAGCAAUCCGGCCUGUAUGCCAAGAAAACUAGAUCACCCAAACGGAGGCUGGGAUACUGCGCAAAGUGUAUGUAUAUUAGGGAGCCUACUCAACAGUAGCUAGUAGCAAAAGCGAUUAAAUUAAAAAGUCGCAAUCUAGAGGACUUCGGUACAAAUGCAAGUCAGCCACAAGGCAACUGCGCUUUCUCUCUACAGGAUUGUAUUUCGAUUCCCCCAAAAUAUGCGCAGCCCACACCAGGCUUAAGAGUGUGUCAGCUUAGUUGGGAAUACGAGAGCUUCAUUUUCAGGUCGAAUACAGACUUAUAGUUCUAAUUCACCGACAUUCGCCUCCAAGUUACGUCUUCGAGGGGCUAAACUGGAUGUUGCGGAAUCACCUGGGCGUUUUCUCAGCUAGAGCACAGGCUGGCCUUGUAUCCAGCCUUCCUGCUUCGAUUCUAUACGAACCCUAAGGCCACCUUGCCCUGGCGGAAUAGGAGUAAUUUAACCACGAGAAUCUCAUUUUUAUCCACCAUCCUUUAAUUCUUGCCCCACAAAUAUCCAAAUUUUGAAACCUUACCUCUCUUGCAUGCCUUUACGUUUAAAUUAUUCCUUUUAUGGCUGGGACAAUUACCAUACAAGAAAUAAUUAAUAUUGGCACUUUUCAACAAGUGAUUAUAUUUCGGGAAACCAGUUACAUUUAGGCUUACGCUUAGUUAAGAAAAAGAAAUUUUGAAGGGCCGCUUGUGUGUAGGCUGGUCCUCGUUUUGUCGCGACGUCGGUAUCUGGACCAGAUGGGUCGGACACGAAGCCCUUGAGGGUCGUCGUGGUGGCCUUUGCUGUGGAGCACACGGUGGACAUCGUCGGAUGCGACGAUUGAGCUAUCAGUAGAGAAGUGAAGUAGGACUAAGGCCAACGUGUCUGAGUUUGACUCACACCCACACCGCUGUCUGUCGCACUUUGGCGAAUCGGUCGAUCUACGCCUGCCAACAUGAUUGUAAAUAAUAGAAUUUGGAAAUUCUUUAUUGGCUUGUACCUCAGUUAUGAGUGUUAACAGGUGUUUUCUGGGACGCUGCACAUUCGGAGUGAAUGCUGACAAGGGCAAGGGAGACUGGGGUGACCGUUUCCGGCUUAUCAGUCGUCGUCAGUUAACCAUGCCCAGCUCCGGGUUUGGAUAACCAGGCAUUUCAAUCCGGACUCUUUUAUCGUCGGACGUUUUUAAGAACAACACUCUGCCCUCCCGAUAAUCGGGGAUGUUCGGUAUCGUGGAAAGGGACGUUCACCAACCAGGUUACGAGAUAUGCUCAUUCACUGAGACCCUGGGACUCAAUCUAGAGUCCUCGCUCUGUACAUUAGCAGCAUUUGGGGAGAUGAGUUAAUUGGCAGAUUAGCUCGGCAUUCUCCAGCUCUCUUACUCUUUCCCCCCUUUCAUAUUCUACGUAACAGUAGGCAUCAGGUAAAACGGUUUACACCAAAUCGAGCGGUUAGCUGCCGCGCGGGAAGCAAAUGAGUAGUGUUUCCUACGUAUGACUUGUUGUAACCUCUCCUAUUUAGCUGCAGACAGCGUUCGACAGGAGGCACUUUCGCGAAGGAGUUCACAGGUCCCCCGCGGACCACGAGAUCGGCGUAUAGUGGCCUGCGGCAGCAAAGAUGAAGCUGGUCGGGUUCGGUCUUCUCGUGCGAUCUUGGCAACCUCAAAAACCACGCCUUCCAAUCCUUCUACUCCAACAACGCGGGCGAACGUGGGCCGUUACGGACACAAUUACGACGAGGUAGACGUCCUACUCUACAACCUCUGUCUCAACAUCGAGAGUGCGCUCUGA